GAGCCCGGGAGGAGGCGCGGGAACGCGCGCCUGGGGUCAGGUGCCGGAAGAGGAAACCUCUCGCUGGCGCUAGGAGUGCGGCGGGGCGCGCGCCGGCGGCUGCGGAGCUGGCAGGUGCUAGGCGUCUGCACCUGGCAGGCGAUGGCGCCCGGUGCGGGCGCCCCGGGAUAGCGCGGGCGAGGCUGCAGGGCCCCGGCGCGCACGCCCGCACCCGUCCCCGGCCCUGGCGUGGGCCCAGCCCGGCCCAGGCAGCAAUGGGGCUCCUGCAGCUGCUGGUUGUAGCGGUGCUGGCAUCCGAACGCCGGGUGGCGGGUGCAGCCGAGGUCUUCGGGAACUCCAGCGAGGGUCUUAUUGAAUUUUCUGUGGGGAAAUUUAGAUACUUCGAGCUCAAUAGGCCCUUUCCAGAGGAAGCUGUUUUGCAUGAUAUUUCAAGCAAUGUGACUUUUCUUAUUUUCCAAAUACACUCCCAGUAUCAGAAUACAACCGUUUCCUUUUCUCCGACUCUCCUUUCCAAUGCCUCGGAAACAGGCACUGCCAGUGGACUGGUUUUCAUCCUUAGACCGGAGCAGAGUACAUAUACUUGGUACUUGGGGACUUCAGGCAUAGAGCCUGUACAGAAUAUGGCUAUUCUACUCUCCUACUCAGAAAGAGAUCCUAUCCCUGGAGGCUGUAAUUUGGAGUUUGAUUUAGAUAUUGAUCCCAACAUUUACUUGGAGUAUAAUUUCUUUGAAACAACUAUCAAGUUUGCCCCGGCAAACCUAGGCUAUGCGAGAGGUGUAGAUCCCCCGCCAUGUGACGCUGGGAUGGACCAGGACUCCAGGUGGAGGUUGCAGUAUGAUGUCUAUCAGUAUUUUCUGCCUGAGAAUGACCUCACUGAGGAGCUGUUGCUGAAGCAACUGCAGAGGAUGAUCGGCGUGCCCCAGGUGAAGGCCAAUGCUCUCAAGGUGGUUACCCUAACAGCUAAUGAUAAGACAAGCAUUUCCUUCUCCUCCCUCCUGGGACAAGGUGUCAUAUACAAUGUCAUUGUUUGGGACCCAUUUCUAAAUACAUCUGCUGCCUACGUUCCUGCUCACACAUAUGCUUGCAGCUUUGAGGCAGGAGAGGGUAGUUGUGCUUCCCUAGGAAGAGUGUCUUCCAAAGUGUUCUUCACUCUUUUCGCCCUGCUUGGUUUCUUCAUUUGUUUCUUUGGACACAGAUUCUGGAAAACAGAAUUAUUCUUCAUAGGCUUUAUCAUCAUGGGAUUCUUCUUUUACAUACUGAUUACAAGACUGACACCUAUCAAGUAUGAUGUGCAUCUGAUUCUGACAGCUGUCGCUGGAAGCGUCGGUGGAAUGUUCUUGGUAGCUGUGUGGUGGCGAUUUGGAAUCCUCUCGAUCUGCAUGCUCUGUGUUGGACUAGUGCUGGGGUUCCUCAUCUCAUCAGUGACUUUCUUUACUCCACUGGGAAACCUAAAGAUUUUUCAUGAUGAUGGUGUAUUCUGGGUCACUUUCUCUUGCAUAGCUAUCCUCAUUCCAGUAGUUUUCAUGGGCUGCCUAAGAAUACUGAACAUACUGACUUGUGGAGUCAUUGGCUCCUAUUCGGUGGUUUUAGCCGUUGGCAGUUACUUGUCCACAAGCCUUUCCUACAUCACUUUGAAUGUACUCAAGAGAGCGCUCAACAAGGAUUUCCACAGAGCUUUCACAAAUGUGCCUUUUCAAACUAAUGACUUUAUUAUCCUGGCAGUAUGGGGCAUGCUGGCUGUAAGUGGAAUUACAUUACAGAUUCGAAGAGAGAGAGGACGACCGUUUUUCCCUCCCCACCCAUACAAGUUAUGGAAGCAAGAGAGAGAGCGCCGAGUUACGAACAUUCUGGACCCUAGCUACCACAUUCCUCCACUGAGAGAGAGGCUCUAUGGCCGAUUAACUCAGUUCAAAGAGCUCUUCCAGAAGGAGCAGCCAGCUGGAGAGAGAACGCCCCUGCUUCUGUAGAUGUCCAGGGGUUUGGUUAGUGUGCCUCAGCUUUGGAGUUCAUGCCUGGAGUGAUUCAGCAGUCUCUGGUGCAAGUCUAAUAAGAGAUCAGGCAUAUAGAUCUGUGCUUUGCAUAAUAUUAUGGUGCCCUUAUUGAUAUACGGUAAGGGUGUAUACUAGGGGAUUAGGAUGAUUCUAAGAGUAAUGAGAAAGAUGACCAAAAGGUUGGUGGUAGGGAGGCUUUUCCUUAUUUCCAAAUACUUGAGAAAUUACCUUUUGGUUUACAAAUCUAUGAUCAACUUAUUCCAUUAAAUAGAUACAUUUAAAACAUUAAAAACUGAUUCUCCUGCAGAGCCCUGGUGUUUCUUUUUAUAACCCCUUGAAACAAGUCUCUCACCUGAGUUUGUCUGAACUUUUGGAGGGAGUUUAUUACUGAGUCUUUAUUUGUGACAGUAUUUGGAGAUUGAGGGAUUUGAUACUUAGGCCUUUGAAUUUUAGAAAACAAAAAGAGAAGCAGGCCAGGCAUGGUGGCUCACACCUGUAAUCCCAAUUCUGGGAAGCCAAGGUGGGAGUAUCGCUUGAGUCCAGGAGUUUGAGACCAACAUGGGCAACACGACAAGACCCCAUCUCUAUAAAAAAAUUAAAAAAUUAGCCAGGCAUGGUGGCAUGUGCCUACUCCCAGCUCCCAAGGAGACUGAGAUAGGAGGAUCUCUUGAGCCCUGAAGAUUGAGGCUACAAUAAGCCACUACACUCCAGCUUGGGUGACAGAGACCCUGUCUCAAAAAGAGAAAGAAAAAAACAAAAAAAAGCAACUUAUUUUCUUACUAAAAGCAGUCUGAUUACUUAGUUGCAUGUCCUUCUUAGUAUCAUACAUUAUCCGAAAGUUACCCUUUUGUUUAAAAAUAAAAAUUUUUAAAUCUUGAUAAAAUACACAUAAAAUUUACCUUCUUAUUCAUGUGUAAGUGUACAAUUCAGUAGGUUCCCUUUGUUUUUGCCUUUUAUGGCUUAAAAUGGUAAUUGAAAUAGCUAAAUUAUUAUUUGAAAAUAGGCCAAUUUAUAUAGAUAAUAGAAUUUUACAAGGGUGAUUUAUUUAUAUUCCAAAUAAAGGAGCCCCCCUUUUUUUAAGGCCUUUUAAAAUACUGUCAACAGGUGAUCUUUAACUGCAUUAGCUGACAUAUGGAUUAUGUUUGUUUUUAGGAAAUAACCCCCACCUUAAUCUAUAUUGCCUACCAGGUGCGGUGGCUCACGCCUAUAAUCGCAGCAUUUUGGGAGGUCGAGGUGAAUGGAUCACCUGGGAUCAGGAGUUCAAGACCAGCCUGGCCAACAUAGUGGUAUCUACUAUAUUCUAGUAUAGUAGGAUAUAUACUCCUAUACCCCAUCUCUGCUAAAAAUACAAAAAUCAGCUGGGCAUUGUAAUGCAGGUAACUGUAAUCCCAACUACUCGGGAGGCUGAGGAAGGAGAAUUGCUUGAAUCCAGGAGGCAGAGGUUGCAGUGAGCCAAGAUCAUGCCACUGCACUCCAGCCUGGGCAACAGAAUGAGACUCUGUCUCAAAAUAAAUAAAUAAAUAAAUAAAUAAAUAAAUAAAUAAAUAAAUAAAUAAAUGUCUAUAUUGCCAUUAAUAAGAAAACCUUAGAAAAAUUUGUACUUCAUAGUUCUUUCUGCUCAGUUAGCUGUGUUAGCAUUAGUGUAAAAUAUAAGUCUUAAUAAUUUCUUUUCUGUACAAAGCCUUUGUACAGAAAGGCUUCAUCCUUAAAGUGAUGAGGGUGGAGUCAAAAAGGAUUCAGGCGUUUAGAGGAGCUGCUUUUCAUUAGGACCUUGGAGAGUCCCCUCAGUUUUGACACCCUUGUUUCACCACAAGAAAGCACCCGACACCCUGGGUUGCAUACUUACUACUCAGGGGCUUUCCCCCCAGCUUUCAGAGCACUAAAUUAUUGUGAGCUGGUGCCUCUGCAGGCCUGAGUAUUAGGGUUGGUGAACGUUGUUGCAUACACAUUUGUGAGUUAACCACUAUUUAAAUGAUGCUGCUUUUUAAAGUUUUUUCAAAGUACAAUAGAUUUUUGAAGUUUCAGGUAACUGGAAAAAUCUUUAACUUUUGCUUUAAGUGUUUGAGGCAGGAUAAAACAACAUACAAAAUAUAAAACAAUUUUUGCUUUGAAAAAUUCAAUGCAGGUGACCAUUUACUGCUUAUUCUGUAAUGCUUACUGUCUAUAACUAACUUCAGUAACACUGAAACUUGAUGAAAAGUUUUUUUAAAUUAUUUACUGUAAGGACAAAGUUAUAUGGAAUGUUUGUGAGUUAGUUUCUAUACCAUCUGAAUGUACUGCCAGUGAAGACUGUAAAGACACAACACACUAUUCUGGAGGGAGGAUACAAAUUGUUUAAAAUUUUUCAUAAUUUGUGAAUAAGUCUGUAUAGUUUUUAUAAUAAAUCCUUAUUUUGAAAAAAA